GUCGUUGACAAGCUGGUUUCCAUCGAACACCACGACCACUACCGACGCCGACGCCGACAACCUAAAGUCUCGAGAGCCGUGGCGCAGUACAACACUCACUUUUAAUAACGUUCUUUUCUAGCUCGAUGCUUAGGCCUUUAACUCCAGCUCGAUCCCUUGUCUUCCUCACAUGUGUUUCAUGUCUCCUCAUAUUCAUGCUCGUCCCCCGCUAUGACCUCCUCGGUACCUCAGAGAGUCACCAGAUAGCACCACGGGACUUGAUCAAUAUACCAGGGCCGGGUGGAGACGGCAGCGGCAGUACGAGCGGCGGACAGAGUUCGAGUACAGCUACAUCCACGAGCACCACAGCGCAGACGUCUUCAACCACAGCGCAAACAUCGAGCACCGCCGCCGCUACCACGAGCUCUACGACAGCCACACCCGCACAAACUCCUUCACAGACGCAGCCCUCUGCAACCUCAAACACAAACACCACGCCUCAGAGCACCAGCGCAAGCCCGACGUCUACCUCACCUCCGUCAGGCCCUUCGAGCCCGACCAAUACGAACACACCUCCGCCCGCAAACACACCACCCGCUUCUCCCAUUCUCUCCAGCUCAGUCUCAAUCAACAACGAGGGUCAGGCAAUAACGGUGGUCGUUACAGUACCCGCUUCUGCCAUAAGCUCUUCUUCUCCGUCAACAAGUCCGACAGCUGGCGCUGACCAGAGCGACGGAGACAGCAGCAAGGGUGUCGGCACUUCAACCAUCAUUGGCCUCUCCGUCGCCGGUGGUGUAGCAUUCAUUGGCAUUAUCUCAUUCGUUAUUUGGAAAUUCACUCGGAAACGGUUCUCGGAUGACUUUGACGAUGGCGAAGCAAUCAAAUGGCCAGAGUUGAACGCCCACAGCGGCGAUCCCCACGCAUUGCCGACCCAGCGUGCAGAUAACGCAGGCUUCGAAACCAGCUCUCAGGUCAACCUGACGCGCCCAGACAGCCGUGCAGGUAGCUUUGCUCCUUCCGCCGCGACUUCAGCUGUUGACCUGUACGCACCUAAUGCUGCCCAAGACCCGUACGCCGUACCGCCCCUACCACACUUAAACCCCAACCAGCCAUAUCGUGACGACCCCGCAGGCGGAUUCUACGACCCGUAUAGCGGGCCUAUUCCACAGACGUUCUCCGAUGGCGAUAGCACCUCCAUUCCUGGGGGUGAGGCGAUACCAAUGACACAAAUCAACCGCUCCAGGAGCCCAGCGCCGAUGGGUUACGACGCCGGAAGGAUGUCCCCAGGACCUCAGAUGGUAUAUGACGCUGGCAGAAGGUCACCUGGGCCUCAAGCCGCGUAUCUCACCGAUCAGACGGGGCGAGGCAGUCCAUCACCGCGCGCUACGAGCCCGGGGCCCGCGAUGAGCCUCUCAGGCAGGGCGUCGCCCGGCCCGCAGGCUACAUAUGGAUACGGCGGAGGAGCACCACCAGGGCUGCACCCAGGGUAUUGAGGGGCAUACUUGUGAAGAGAGAAGCGGAAAGGCUGGCUGGACCAUCCGAACUGAGGAUAAUGUGUCUUUUCGGGCUCGAGCAUCGCUUGGUUGUUCUACUAGACAGAUUGGUUUCACGGACAGAUACCGCUCUGCAAACAUCUCAUCCAAUCUGCACACAUCGGUCCGCGCUCUGUUAUUAUCCAUUCGGUCAAUGCAUUCUUCUUACUCACCGUCUGACUCUCUUCCCAGGCUCGGAGACACGUCGCUACUCUAUGCAAGCUGCCGCAUAAUGUCUGCUGCGCCCCAGCUUGUCCGUCGCUUGGUGGUGGUAUCUCAAGCGUUUCUGCUGCUAUCCUUACGUAACCUGUCCACUCGUUUAACUUUCCUAAUGUUCUUUGAUGCACUCGCC